ACGAGAACGAGGAAGUGCAGCAAUUAAGUUCUUUUCAAUACUACGGUGACAGCAAUCCCUUCCAUCAUCUCGUCGAGAUGGAGUUCAAGUUCAACGUAAAUAAACUCUUGCCUAGAAAGAUCAACAAGGUCACGCACAAUCUGGUGCCGGAAGACUUCAAAGGUGAUCGACGUGAAUUGAACGAAUGUCAAAGAUUAUUGAGCAGAAUAUUGGACGAUAUGGGUGAGGCAUCAGCAAGAGCUCAAGGACUCAACAAGCCAAUUACUAGUGCCCUUAAACUCCGAGACACAGAUCACAUGGUUUAUUUGCUAGUAGAUAAUGAAGGGAACAAUGGAUUCGGUAGUGUGGUGGGAUUACUGAAAACGGGAUCGAAAAAUUUGUUCCUGUUUGAUGAAAUGGGUGAGCAUUAUCAGCUGCAGGCGAGAUGUAUCUUGGAUUUCUAUGUGCACGAAUCGCGACAACGUAUGGGUUUGGGCAAUAUUCUCUAUCAGCACAUGUUAUCUGAGGAAAACAUUAGGCCAGUGAAAUUGGCAAUUGAUCGACCAUCGGAGAAGUUCUUAGCUUUUCUACGCAAAUACUAUGGACUCUCGAAGAUUAUUCCACAGAACAAUAAAUUUGUCGUCUUUGAAGGAUUCUUUGAUGAUGAGAGUCGAGACGUAAGGAGCAAUAGAUACAGUUUACCUCCAAGAGUGAACUUGGACGAUGGUACAUCGGGCAAUAAUGACAGUAAUGGAAGGAACGGUGCUAGUCUCAACGGAGUACCAUACGUGGCAUCCGUUUCGCGCAGUUCAUUCGGUAGAUACGCUGCGGCGCGGCCGCCCUGCUCCAUGGCAAAUAUAAUCCAUAACACAGCGAUGCUUGGUCAAUCAGCCGAGCAUACUGGCAAUAGCAACAAUGGCAAUGUAUCACCGCCUCCACCGUUGAAACUGGAGCGGCCGCGUUCCUUGAGCCUCUACUCUGAAGAGGAGCAGAAGCAACGUAGUCUCGAGAUGAACACCGUUCCGACGCCUGUUGUGCCGGAUAAUCAAACCAAGUCGUUCGUCCCUGUUCUGUUGGAAGCUGAAAAAACGGAAAAAAAUGUGAAACCGUCACCGUCGUGCAGUCAGGAAGUGGCUACUGGCACUAAUCAACACGGCCACUUGGAUCUUAAGUUUUAUCAUUCCCCUUUAUGGUGAAAUAAUUUGGCUGAUACUCAGUUUUCUUCGUUUUUUUUUUUAAUUUAGAAGCAAUUCAACUAUGCAAAGUUAAUGCUAAAUUUGAUUUUCCUUCCUUUUCUUUGUAUACGU